AGGCUGCGCCGUAGGGCUGCGCAGUGGGUCGGGUAGCCUUCCGGGCUGCACGCGGUAAACCUGGAUAGUUUUGGGGGGUGCUGUGCAGCCGCCUGGUGGUGUCGCUUCACUUGUGUGUCCUGCACCCAGGGAGCAGUCCCUUUCUGCCCUAGUCGUGGGACGACUGCCAACCCCUCCUUUGGCCCUGCAAGGCUCUGGCCACGUGUCCAGAGGGGCGUUGUGUCCAGUGGGACCCUCCAAAGGUCCUGCUUAGGAUGAAUGUGAUUUGGAGAAAUUGCAUUUGCCGACUGAGGCAAGGGAAGGUACCACACCGAUGCCAGAGUGGCGUCCACCCGGUAGCCCCUCUGGGGUCAAGGAUUUUAACUGACCCCGCCAAAGUUUUUGAACACAACAUGUGGGAUCACAUGCAGUGGUCUAAAGAAGAAGAAGACGCAGCUAGAAAAAAGGUAGAGGAAAACUCAGCCACACGAGUCGCUCCAGAAGAGCAAGUUAAGUUUGAAAGUGACGCUAACAAAUACUGGGACACAUUUUACCAGACCCAUAAGAAUAAGUUUUUCAAGAAUCGUAAUUGGCUGUUGAGGGAAUUUCCUGAAAUCCUUCCUGUUAAUCAAAACACUGAGGAGAGAGUGGGAGAAUCAUCCUGGGAUCAAGCAAGAAGCAGCAUCUCUCGGACGCAAGGAACAGAAACCCAUUGUCAAGAGAGUUUUGUCUCGUCAGAACCUGGGAGCAGAGGAGGGUCUGCUCCUAACCCCGACUUGGAAGAAUACAGCAAAGGACCUGGGAAGACAGAGCCGUUUCCUGGUAGCAAUGCCACUUUUCGAAUACUAGAGGUUGGCUGUGGUGCUGGAAAUAGCGUGUUUCCAAUCCUGAACACCUUGCAGAACAUUCCCGGAUCCUUUCUUUACUGCUGCGACUUUGCCUCUGAAGCUGUGGAACUUGUAAAGUCCCACGAGUCCUACAGCGAGGCCCAGUGUUCUGCCUUUAUUCAUGACGUGUGUGACGACGGCUUAGCCUACCCUUUCCCAGAUGGGAUCCUGGAUGUCGUUCUCCUUGUCUUUGUGCUCUCAUCUAUCCACCCUGACAGGAUGCAAGCUGUUGUCCACCGACUGUCCCGGUUGCUGAAGCCCGGAGGAAUGCUGUUGUUUCGGGAUCAUGGAAGAUACGAUAAUGCUCAGCUUCGUUUUAAGAAAGGGCGUUGUUUAUCUGAAAAUUUUUAUGUCCGAGGAGAUGGUACCAGAGCUUAUUUCUUUACAAAAGGGGAAGUCCGCCGUAUGUUCUGCGAGGCUGGAUUACAUGAAAAGCAAAAUCUGGUUGAUCAUCGCUUGCAAGUGAACAGGAAAAAGCAAGUGCAGAUGCACCGAGUGUGGAUUCAAGGAAAAUUCCAGAAACCAUCGCCCUGGACUCCACAGAGUGGAAAUUAGCAUUCACUGCAUUCUCGGGACUGAACUAUGUGUCAUGUUAUAGUAUGACACCAGGGCCUGAUACUGUCCAAAGGCCUCUCUUCCAGAGAUGAGCAGAAGAGCAUCUGCAGCUCUGCUGGUCUGCUGUCAGUGCUCUCAGGACAUUUUAAGAACACGGAUGUGACUUGAAAGAGUCUCCCACCCUCUGGGUUUUCAGAACUUGAAAUGUGUGUUUGGUUUUGUUUCAUCUAACCAUGUUCCCUUGAAUUAUAUGACUUUGAAUUAAGAAGCUAUUAUAAGGCAUAUAGUUUUGAGAAAUGUAACCCGUCCAUGUUUCAGAAGCGGAAAAAUGAUCUACUUUAUUGUUGGGUGUGGUAAAGCAGUCAAACUGCCCUCUGCUGUCAGCCAGUAGCAGCGGCAUAGUGUGCCUUGUUCUUAGGGGAACUCAGGAUGAGGGGUUACUGUGUUUUGUUUUGUUCUUAUCUAUUUUCUCUCAAAACCCACCAACCACCACCACGACUACCACCACACACUAGGGUCUGAAAUACAACUUUAGUUUCUCUUUCCAAAAAAUGGGGAAGUGUGGCCCUUGUUAACAUCACUUCCAGGCUAUUCUUAGAUAUGCAGAUCAUCUUUGAGACACUGUCUGUGCUGUGGUGGCCAGUUUUAAUUGUCAACUUGACACACUCUAGAACCACCCAGGAAGAGCCUCAGAUUGUCAGUUGUCUGUGAGAGUUUGUCUUGAUUGUAUUAAUUGUCUACUGUGGGCAGUGCCAUUCCCUGGAGGUUAGACCCUGAACCAAGUAAGUGUGGGAAAAUGGAGCUGAGCCCUGGCACACCGGUAUUCAUGCUCGCUCUUCUCUUGACCAUGGGUGUAACCAGCUGCUUCAAGUUCCUGCCUCCUUGACUUCCUGCUGUAACUGGGUGGACUAUAGCUUGGAGUUGUGAGCUAAAAUAAACCUUUUCUUCCAUAA